UCGUCUUACGUCAUUUUUUUAAUACAAACGGUGCGCCUAUGCGUGCACCGUCAUUCCGGUGCGUGUCAUGUCCUGUGACAUGUGUGAGCGCGGGAGACCCAAAAUAUGGCGAUGCUUCGAGCUGAGGGUAGUGCUUGAGAUCACUGUCGCAUGCUGCUUCAACUUUUCAUUUCGUCCGAGGGCAUCAAAUCAAACUAAAGAGAAAUGUCUUUGUGCAAAUCAGAGAUUGAGCACGUACACGAGGUUCUCUCGUUAAUGCUGAAAAAUUUGGAGUGCCCAAUAUGCUUGGAAUUGAUGAAAGAACCAAUUUCAACAAAAUGUGAUCAUCAGUUCUGUCGGUUCUGUAUAUUGAAGCUUUUUGGGAAGAAAACUACAAUACCGUGCCCACUUUGUAAGAACGUAAUUACCAAGAGAAGUCUGCAGGAAAGCACACGCUUUAAACAACUUACAGAGGGUAUUAUGAAAAUGAUCCAUGCCUUUCAACUGGAUACGGGUUAUGAGUUUUCCACAGACAACACGCCAAAUAAGACCCCAACUGAGAUCAGCGCUUACAGAGACUUAUGGCAAGAUGACACCCAAGCUUGGAGCAACAAUACACCACAAAACAUUAAAGCUACUGGGAUCUCCAAAAAUCGCACUUUGAAAGUGCACUCUGAUCCUCCUUUGACUGAAUUUGUAAGAAGAGUUUCCACAAGAAAUAAAAGGCAGAAAGUAGAGGGAACUCCAGCCUAUGUUGGGAUUGAUUCAGAUUCUUCAGAGGAGCCUUUGUUCAAAACACACGUUAACAUAAAAUCAACGCUACAUGCAAGGACUGUUAAUACAAAUACUACUGCUCAAAAAGAGAAAGUUGAUCAAAGUGACAAUGAUGAGAAACCUUGCCAAGGAGAAGAAUCAAACCUAUCUCAACCAACACUGGAGGAGCUGUUUUCAUCAAAAAUAGAUGAUAAUGAUGUGCCAGAGAAUACUGAAAAUACAGACGUAGGUGAUUAUUCCUGUGCAACUGAAUCUGAAACAGAGCAAAAACAAAUGACCAAGGACAAAUCUGUAAGUGACUUCUGUAGCCCAGAGGCCCCCGGCAAAGUCAUUGCAAAUGAGAACUCAUUACAGAUUGCUGCAGAAAGGGUGAAUAAACAAAAUUGCACUGAUGGGAACAAACCUUUCACUGACAGAACAAUGCUUUCUUCAGAAAAUGCGUUAGAGAAAGAUGCUAAUCUGUUGGAUAACCAUGAAAAGUUAAACCAGAAAGUUUCCAAUCAAAUGGUUAAAGAUGAAACUGAUUUUCAGAGAAGUAUAAAGCAGUCUAAGAAUUCAUCAGUUCCACAGGUGUCCAAGAGAAAAAGCCAGAGAAUCAUGAAGAAAGUCAGCGAAUGGUUAUCCAAAAUUAAUGUCGAUGAGAUGGCAACUGUUGCUGUUGGACCUAAUCCACGUGACCAGAACGUUGAAUCAGAUUCCUUAGCGGAAAGAGAGAACUCUGCCUCUGAUAAGGAAGCUUCUCAUGCCGAAGAUGCUGAAUAUGUUAAAAAUGAUCACCUCUCCUCUUUCAAACAAAAAAUGCCAAAAACCACUCCAGCUGACAUUAAAAACAAAAUCUUUGUGAAAACCUACAAGAGAGACAAGAGAAAAAGUGUUCCAGUAAACUGGAGUUUUAAUUCUGACAGUAAGAGUGAUGAUUUGACUUCUCACAGAGAAGACGUCUUUGACAGUUGUAGUAAAUCUCGGAAGGCAAAAAGAAAAAGUAAUGGACUGAACCCUGAAGACUUUAUAAAGAGGACUGUAAGUGAAGAAGAUAAUCGUGACAGCGGUGUUCAGAAUGAAAAUAAUGAAAUAGACCCCAAAGAGAAUGUUCCUGUAUUUAAGAACAUUGAAACUGAGACAAAUAAAGAAAUAUUAGAUGAGUCAUCUGAUGUCAAACAAAUUGACAAACUAGUUGUUGCUACAACAACCAAGGUAGCAAUUAGUAAUGACAUAAUAAUGAAGGAUUCUGAGCAAACUGUGCAGCAGCUCAAGUCGGAGUUAUGUAAGCCAAAUGCUGAAGGCAAGAAAAAAGUGAGCAAAAGUUUGGGGAGAAAGGGGAAAAAAUCAUCAAUAGAUCGGACCAAAAAAAAAUCUAAACCCUUGCAACUGGUUAAUCACAUCGUCAAAGCUGACAGAAGCCCAAGAAGUAACCAGAUUUUUAUGAAUGAGAACAAGAUUGAUAGUUUUCCCAGUAGUGAAGAACCAGUGAAGGCUGAACUAGAAACUAGGAUUACCAGAAGAAGCAGCAGAUUGAAAUUGUUAGAAGAGUUGAUCAUGCAAGAUAAAAACAAAGGGAAAAAAUCUAAAUUGACCAGGUCGCAUUCAGUCCCCUCACCUAGUGCAAGCUUUGUCCCUUUCACAGAGCCUAUUGAGAAAAAUACUGAAGAAGGAAUGGUGUGUUUAGAAAGUGAGAAUUUACCAAUGCUGGAUGUUAUAGUUCAGACUUGUAAGGACCCAUUGCCAGAUCUUGACUGCUCAAAGCAAGACUAUGUCACUUCUAAUGAAUCAUUUGCUAACUCUGUGGUAGAAGAGCUUGAAGACAGUGCUGUAUGUCAGUUAAAGGACUGUCACAAAUCAGCAGAAACCAAGGAUGCUGCAGUGCUGGCUGAACAUCAUCCAUUACGUUCUGAUCGCUCUUCCUUCGUUGCAGCAUCUGGCAGAAACUCUGAGGCUUCAGGUUCAGAAGCCAGCUCGUUACUACUUGCACCUCAGCUAGUUCCAGGGGAAAGACCUAGUGACCCUCAGUUAGAUUGCAGGUAUGUGGGUAAGAGUGAAGUGACCCCGUGUGUAGGUCACUCCAGAGCAGGAACAGUAAUGAGCAAAGUAAACAGCAGAGAAGAUGUAUCUGUACAACAAUGGACAAGAUCAAAGGACACAAAUGAAGACAGUGAAGUAGACACUGAACUACUUCUAAAAUCUUUCAGGUUAUCAAAACGAAGAUCAUUCAUUCUUAUGGCAGCCACAGAGCAUCAGGCAGCACAAGAUGCAUGUACAACAGCUCCAGAUACCCAGUGUUUUGACAAUGUAGCUGCUUCUAAUUCAGAGGAGACCAAAACAGAAGAUGCAGUAAUCAGAGACACUGAUGGGAACGAUGGUACACGUCAGGAACUGGAAAAAGUUAAUUUGGAUAAAAUUGAUUCUCCAAAUCAAGAUGCUCAGAUUGCUAGUGAUGACAAAAGCAAACUUUGCACAUUUACUUGGGGCAAUGUACAGCAACUAUUGAAUCGGGAAAAUGGCAAUUCUGUAGAAAUUGUGCCUCCAACAGCCUCAACGCUUGGAUCACCUCUACCACCUGUACUUCCACAGCAUGUCCAGAAGGUGGUGCCUCCAUCAAGGAGCAGAUCGAAGGGAAACAGGUACACCAGGUUGCUCAGAAAGAAAGGAUCAAACUGUAGUAGCUCAGUGGUUACUAUAGAGAAAGAAAUAUUUGAUUCUGAUAGAUCAAGCCAAGCCAGAGCUAAUGAGAAGUUUUCUAGCAAUGCAAGAGAAAAUUCAUGGCACACAAAAAACACAAAAAUAGUCAAAAACAGAGGCUUAGAAGUAGCUGUUGGCCUGGAGGCUCAGCACGAUUUCUUAAGCACAAGACUUGCAUCCAGUGCCCAUCCAGAGUCUGAAUUAUUUUUUUCAACAAGAGAUCUGCUUCGCCAAGAAGCAAGUGAAAAAGAUAAUUGUCAAGAAAAUACUUCAGAAAGAUCCCCAAAAGAGAGAGGUCUCUAUAAAACCAGCAACUUACCUCUAAAUGGUCUCUUGGUUGUAGAAAACACCGCAGAAAACAAGUUGGAUAAGUCAACUGAUGUUGCAGGAUGUCACACUCAGCCCACGUUCAUGAACAUGCAACACAGCACAACUGUCAAAAAUGAAACUAGUGAGAACAAAUGUUCAGAGAUUUCACAGAUAUCUUCCAUAACUCCUGACGGGCUGUUGGACAAUUCUGGAGGUACCCUAAAUAAAAUCAUUUCAAAAACGGUGGAUGAACUGGAUGAAGUACAAAGUGUGUACGAGUUGAGAUCCUGUGAAGAGCAACUGAGACAACAUGAAGCUGUAGUGGAGAAACCUGUGAGCUCCUCUCAUUCGAAGUCCUCAUCUGAAGGUCAACUUAAAGGCCGGAGGAAGCGACCAGUUAAACUAUCAACUUCUGAAUCUGAAACAAGUGAUGAAGAGCUGCCAUGUUUUCAGAUCUUUGGAUUCAGCAGAUCACGGUCAAAUGCUCCAACUGUGUCAGAAAGCCCCUCAGUUACAGGAUAUCUGUCUUCAAAAGGCUCACCAGGACAAGUCUUUUUAUUGCCCAACAGCAGUACAGAAGCUAAAAAAGCUGAUUGUUCUGAACCAAAUAAAUUGGAAGAAAAUGUAGGUAGUGAAGGCUCGCUCAAAAAUAAAUGCCUUUCCCCAAGCCAAGAAUCUGGAGAAUCUCCUGAUUUGUUCUCUUCUCAGUCUGAUGGUUCAUCCCCUGAUGCCAGUCCCCAACCAAAAAUGAGCGGGAAGACUUUGAGACAAAUAAAUGCUUUAAGUGUAACUGAAUUAGAAAAUCACGAAAAAAAUUACAGCACAGUUGAAGAAACAGUGGGAGCUCAACACCUUCAGCCACCAUGUUUAGAAGGUGAGAAUGUACCUGGUAAUGAUAGUGAAGCCAGCCACAUAGGUGACUCGUCUCCAGAGAGUGAGAUUCUAACCACACAGCAAAGAUAUGCAAUACAGGAUAACAUCAAAAAACUUGAACAUGAAAUGGCUGUGCUUGAAGCAGUUCUGGAUGAACAUGGAAGCCAAGACUCUGAACACUUGCUCUCAAUGAAUGAUCAAGAAGACUGUCCAGACUUAAUUGAAUUUAAUGGGAGUGAAGUGACGACUGGCUUUUACCAGGGGCACACUGAAAAUUUGAAAAGCAGAUCAAGAUGUCUUCCAGCAGCUGAAGUUCUAAAUACAAGUGUAACUUUUAUGCAUGAGGUCCAAGAGGAGUCUGAAUGCCCAGAAUCUCUUGGGGAUUUGGAAAUUAGACAAAUACCAGAGAAACACCAAGCUGCAAAUGACUUGCUGGACCAAUUCCAAGCUAAAGCUGGUUCUAAAGACGAAAUGACCAAUUCUCCAAAUGCAGCACAGAAGGAAGGGGAGACAAAGGUGCAUGUAAAAUCAGACUGUGAAGAAAGCCAAUCUACAGAGAAUGUCGGCAAUGCAAGUACAUUACAGCCUGAAAAUGAGAAUGCUAACAGAAGGACAAUAUUGCAAAGCUGUGAGGAAAACAGAUCUUCACCAACUUCAUCUCCUGUUUUCAAUAAAACUUCAAGCACCACCAAGAACACAGUUGUGACAAUCCAAAGAAACAUGUCCUUAGUAGCCUCUGGUCUGAACAAAAAUGAAAAUCUUUUGGUUGAAACGUUUGCAAGAAAAACAGGGGCCACAUUUCUCAGUACUUUUUCAACCAGCACAACCCAUGUCAUCAUGAAAACAGAUGCAGAUUUAGUUUGUGAGAGAACGCUGAAGUACUUCAUGGGAAUAGCAGGGAGGCGAUGGGUCGUCAGUUAUCAGUGGAUUACUGAGUGUUUCAGAAAAGGAAUGGUAAUUGAUGAGCGUGAGUUUGAGGUGAAGGGUGAUGUAAUCAAUGGAAGAAGUCACAAUGGCCCAAGAAAAGCAAGAGAAACACCGGAUGAAAAACUUCUGUUAAGCCAUUACGAGGUUUGCUGCUUUGGUUCUUUUACAGGUAUGAGCAGAGAUCAGCUAGAGUGGAUGGUAGAGCUCUGUGGUGCCUCAAUAAUUAAGGAACCUUAUUUAUUCACCUACAGUCCUAAUCGUACUGUAGUGGUGAUUGUGCAACCUGAUGCUAAUCCAGAAAACACUGACUAUAGAGCAAUCCAGAGACAGUACAACAACAUUGUAGUCACCAGAGAAUGGAUUUUGGACAGUGUUGCUUGCUAUCGGAAUCAUCAGCUAGAUGCAUAUCUAGUCUGCCUUCCGCAUUGAAACACCUGCACAAGCUGGACAUCCUGAAGAUUUAUUUGAUAUUUAUGUCGAAUGUAAAUAAUAAAAGACUGAAUUGGUCACUCUAAAAAGAUUGAUGAAAAUUCUAAUCAUAAAUAUGAUUGCAGAGAAACUGCAUUUUAAUUGUCUCAUUUGUUUCUUUCUGUAAACCCAGUCCACUGGGUCCAGUGUUUCAGGAGUGGUCUAAUGUGCCCCUUUUUUUUGUGCAGAUGCUCAGUGUGCUCACCAUAUCCAGUUAUUAUAUUUGGGCCCUGAUGAACAUACAACAAUUUUGAAUGGUAGCUGUAGAGCUUCUCUCCUCUCUCCCCCCGCCCCAAUCAGCUAGUGCACUGCAUUCUUGUGAUUAAAAUUCAGUUUCGGAAGUAAUCGAAAAUAUUUCCUAUUGACCGUGAUUGCUGCACAAUAUAUAGGCCUUGCCAACAUACAAUAAUCCCACCUACAAAGUUCAUAGUUAUUAUGCUGGCUUUUUUCCCAGUUACUGAAGCAAAACCGAUUUCUACUGAGUAACUUUUGCUGACAGUUUUAGAUUUUAAAAAAAAUUUUCAAAGUUUGAUUUUUUUUUUAGUUCAUGUUAAACACAGUUCUAAUGUUUCCUAGCUUCUGUCAUACUAACGUCCACCGUGGCUCAUUGAUGACAUUUUCACCUGGAUCAGAGAUUGAGUUCAAGUGUGACUCUGAUGGAGUUGUCACCAUUUGAAUGAGACAUUGAACUAAGGUCCCUUUUGUUUCGGUGAACGUAAACUGUGCUAUAGUAUUUUGAAGAAGGGGCAAAUUGUCACCUCUUAUCCUGGUAAGUAUUUAUCUCUCAAUCAAUACCGUUAAACAAAAUAUCCGGCUAUUCAGCUUGCUGUACUGCCACCUUGCUACAUUGUAAUAAGUUUUCUGAAAUGUCCCUAGAACGUGAAUAGGACUAACAUAAGCCCAAGUCUGUCUGAAACUUUUCCAAUGUCAGUGAUAUAUACUGUAGUCACAGAAUUUUUUCACUUUGAGAAUUCUACAGUAAUUGUUCCUUGUGUGCAUUCAAGAGCUAUUUUUCUGAAGAUGUGGGAGAAUGAAGAAAGGUGCUCAAUCAAGAACCUGCAGACUGUCUUUAAACAGAAAAGAAGUGUUGGUCUUCAUCUGAUUAAAGGCAGUAGAUUUUUUUCUUAAACCUAUGCAAUCUAAAUUUAUCAGCAAGAGCGUUCUGUCUUCACUUGGUUUCAAAACUAUAAAUUCUUCAGUUGAUAAAUUUAAUAGACUGCAUCAGUGUUUGAAAACUUGAUAGUUUAUUUUAUUUUACUGUUGAAUUUCUUUCUUAUUCAUCCUGGUUCCAGUAUUGCCCAUGAAUACAAAUGACAGUAAUAUUGAGUGUACUUCUGUUCAUUUCUUAUAAGAUGGUAUGAAGUGAUGAGCACCUUCUUCUUACAGUGAGAGUUUGGGAACUCCUGUAGUGCAUCCGAAAUCUGAACCUGUUUCUUAUCACCACAUGGUGAUCUACUUUAUCAGUGGGUUUUUUCUCUCCUGUAUAGAAAUAUAAAAUAUCUCAAAUACAGUUUUUAUGUCACUGACAGUAAUGAUUAAAACAAAUUAUGAACUUUCUCAAUUUGUUACCCUUUUGUAAAUUGAGUUAGUUAGGUUGAUCAAACUGGGAGGAAAAAAGGUCUGUUAGCAAAGUCUCCAUAUCGGGGCUAAUGGGCUAUUCAAUUAAUUGCAGAAUAAAUUUCUGGCUGUCUACUGUUGAUAUGUAUCCUGUGGAUUGAUGCUGCUUUUAGCAUAUAAAUGUGGAGGGCAACUUAAAUUUUUUUAAAAUGGGGUUGUGGUCCAAAAUGAAAUUUUCUUAAACUUUGUGUCAGCAAUGAAAUUUCAGAAACUCAUUGCAACAAUUACAAAGGAUCUUAUUAUCUAGGUUCCACUGUCAAAGUUAUGUAGAAACAUAGAAAUUAUUUGUUCCACAUGCCUAAUUUGAGGAUCUGUCUCAAGAAGGUUUCUGUUUGCAGGUAGUAUGAGGUGCUGCUUUAGAAGGACGAGAGUUUGGGUGCUGUCCUGUCUUAAAGCUAUAUGUCAUUUUUAAAAAGCAAAACAAAUCUAAUUGUUUGAGUAUUGAGUGUAAUUUUUUGGUCAGACAGAAAUUAGUAAUUUGCUUUUGCUUCCUCAUGUGGAUACAAUACUAUAUUUGUAAUGUUACACUUUACAUGGUACCAUUAAUGCAGAAAAUCACCUCCAAAGCAACUUGUGCAAGUGUAUGCUAAAAUGUACUGAGUGAACUAGGGAAAGUUUGGAUGGAAAGACCAAAAAGACUGACAGAGGUGGGCAAAAAGGGCAAUCUGCUGACUAUAUGGCAUAUGGUUCCAGUCCACAGGUUCCACAGUGUUCAGUAGCCAUACAAGAGCUAUGAUACAGUGAGAUAUCUGAGACACCAUCAGAUUCCUAAAGCAACAGUACUGCUACUAUACCACUAGAGGAACUGUAGUCCUCAUCUCGACAGCUAUUGGGAUUUAUUGUGAUGGGCAGUGAUUUGAUACUCCUCCACAAGUAUACCAAUUGAGCAUGUCCUGCACAUAAGGCAACUUAAACCCAGUUCCACAAUGUCUGGCAAUGAUAAUGAUGAGAAAAUAGCUUUUAAAAGAGAAUGGAAAUAAAGAUACCAUGUAACAGAGGAUACCAAUGCUUUGGGAUGAACACCAAACCUGGCCGUGUCAAUUUUAUGAUUUAUAGUUAUUAUCUCUCACAACUUUAGAGCAUGCGCCCAGGAUUACACAGUUGAAAUCUUGCACAACAAAUGUAGUAACAUUUCAGGGGCAUGCGUCAGAGAAAUGAUUAUUUUUUUGAAAAUGAUGCACUUCAGAAAUCGAUUGCCAAAUAAAUGUACUCUAUUGAUACCUGUAAAAUGGAAAUAGAUGGCAACUUAUUUUUGUCUUUGUUUUUUGGUGAACUGCUUAUGGAAGUAAGAGUGCUGCAUGAUCAGAAUCAAUGUCUGAUAAACACUAACAUUGCAUUAUUACAGUGCCAUUGAUGACAAAUGCACAGGCUUUAAGCAUCUGGGACUGCAUUUUGACACAUCUUCACAUCUGUGCAAUUCAUUAGUUUUUCAUAGAAUUUUAAAUAAAUGUCAUUGUGAUGCCUGUUCUCUAAUUUAGUACCAUCAUAACAAAUCACGGAACUUUAAAAUGCCAUUUGCUCCAGCUUGCCUGCCAGCCUUUGACUGUGUAACCAAUUUAUCCCAUCAGAGCCUCUAACCUGCUUGUUUAAUGUCCUGAGGAGAUGUUCUGCAUUAUUCAAAUAUCAGUGUUUGCUUUCUGUGGAUAAUCCUUCCAUUGUGACUGUAGCACAGAAGUCAUUGUAUUCACUUUGAUUAUCUUUUUCUUUGCUUAUCUCUGUAACCUUCAGUCUCAUUCCUAAACAAAUGUUCAUGCAGCUGCUUUUUUUUAAAUCCACACAUUCUGCAUACCUUGAUAGAUGGGAAGGAGAAACUCCUUUCUAAUUUUUAAUCUCACUUGGAGUUUUCUGGUUUUGCAUUUUAUACUUGUUAUAGUUGUCUGGUUACAUUCAUAUUUACAAACAUGGAUGAUGGCCUGCCAAAAUUCUUUCUUCCAUUAUUCUAAGCCUCUUACCUCCUAAGUCAACCGAGUAUUUUUCUUAUUAUUUAAAUUUGUUAAUAUGUUUUCAAAGGACCUCUAGGGAACUGUACUAAGUAAUGAUAUAAUCCUGUAUUUGAAAUCAUCUCCAAUCACAAGUCCUCACUAAAGCACUGUCCUGUCAUUUCCAGUUUUCCACCAAUGUUGCCUGACCUGCUAUGGAUACAAAUAUACCAAGUAAUUUGCCUUUCGAGUAUAAUGUCUUUCUAUGUUUUCAUAGUAUCUUGCAAACAUGCCUAAAUCUUCAUUAAAGAAUUUCAGUGUUAUAAAA